CCUUCAGUGCAGAAGAUGGGCGGCGGCAGGAAGAAGACAGUGUCCUUCAGCAGCAUGCCGUCUGAGAAGAAGGUGAGCAGCGCGGCGGACUGCCUGGCGUUCAUGCAGGGCGGCUGUGAACUGAAGAAGAUCCGGCCCAACUCCAGGGUCUACUGUCGUUUCUACACCCUGGACCCGGACCUGAGCUGCCUGCGCUGGGAGCCGUCGAAGAAGGACGGCGAGCGGGCUCGGCUGGACGUCUGCAGCGUCCGGGAGGUCCGCAUCGGGAAGAGCACCGAGACCUUCCUCCACAACGGCCCCCUGUCUGAGCAGCUGGCUGAGGAGGCAGCCUUCUCCAUCAUCCAUGGAGACGACUACCAGUCUCUGGACCUGGUCGCACUGUCUGCUGAUGUGGCCAACAUCUGGGUGACGGGCCUCCGCUACCUGUUGGCCCACCCGUCUGUGAUCGGUGGGGCUGGGGGAGGUGGUGGAGGAGGGCUGGGUGAAGGAGGGGGUGUGGCGGUUGAUGGAAGCCUGGGGAGCAAGAUGAGGAGCGAGUGGCUGGCGGCGGAGUUCGCCCAGGUGGACGAGGACGGCUACGGCAUCGUGUCGGAGGACGUCGCGGUCGCCACCAUCUGCAAACUGUGUCCCGGCAUCAAGGAAGCGAAGGUGCGUCAGCGUUUCAAGGAGAUCCAGCGCAGCAAAGAGAAGCUGACGUCCCAUGUGACACGAGAGGAGUUCGAGGAGGCCUUCUGCGAGCUCUGCACCCGGCCCGACGUCUACUUCUUACUGGUGCAGCUGUCCAAGGACCGGGAGUGUCUGGACCCUCAGGACCUCCGUCUCUUCCUGGAGACGGAGCAGGGUUUGUCCCUGGCGACGACCGAGGGCUGCUGGGAGCUGCUGAGGCGCCACGAGCCGUCGGCGCAGGGCAGGGAGAGGGGGCUGCUGGGUUUGGACGGAUUCGCUCGCUACCUGCAGUCGCCCGAGUGUCAGCUGCUGGACCCGGAGCACCUGGGGGUCUGUCAGGACAUGAACCUGCCUCUGUCCCACUACUACGUCAGCACCUCGUACCGCUCGUACCUGCUGGACGACCAGGUCCACGGCAGAGCCGACCUCGGAGGCCUGAUUAAGUCCCUGCAGUGUGGCUGUCGAUGCCUGGAGCUGGGGGUGACUGACGGCCCAGAAGGGGAGCCCCUCCUGGGGGUCGACUACGGUCCAGAGGUCCCCCGCCACCAUCACCACCACCACCAUCACCACCACGCUCCUGUGACCAUCCGCUCUGCUCUGGAGGUGGUGAACAAGUACGCCUUCCUGACCUCUCAGUACCCGCUGCUGGUGUACCUGUGCCAGCGCUGCUCUCCGGCACAGCAGCGCACAAUGGCGCAGCACCUGAAGAAAGUGUUCGGCUCCCGUCUCUACAAGCCAGAGCCCCUGCCCGUCAGCCUGGGAGGCCGGGCUACGACCCUGCCCUCCCCCGAGCAGCUGAAGGGACGCAUCCUGCUCGUCGGGAAGAAGCUGCCGCCGGAGCAGCAAGGGUCAGACGGCGAGGUGUCUGAGGAGGAUGAGGAGAUAGGAGGAGGAGGGCCUUUGGCAGGACGGCGAAUGACCAUCCCCGGUGAGGAGGAACUGGGCGUGGUCUUAGUGGUGCCUCCACCCUCUCAACCCAGAAAGUUGCGUCUCAACAAAGAGCUGUCAGACCUGGUGGCCAUCGCUCGGACCGGCAGCCGCAGCUUCUACGCCCAGAGAGCGAGCCAGCAGCAGUCACCGACCAGCAGCCCCUCCUCCCCCAGCACGCCGCUGGCCCCUGAGCCGCCUUGUUGGACCCUGUGCUCCCUGGGGGAGGGAGAGGCCGGGCGGCUGACCAGCGAGAGCCCGGAGGACCUGGUCAUGUUCACAAAGCGCACUUUAACCAGGGUGCGGCCCAGCUCAGUGCGUCUGGACUCCAGUAACCCCAACCCACAAGGGUACUGGAAGGGAGGGGUCCAGCUCGUGGCCUUGAACCAGCAGACCCCCGGCGCCAUGCUGGACCUUCACCGAGGUCGAUUCUCUCAGAACGGAGGGUGUGGUUACGUCCUCCGACCGACUGUGAUGAGGGACGAGGUGUCGUACUUCAGUGCCCACACACAGGGAUGUGUUCCAGGGGUUCCUCCUCAGACGCUUCGCAUCAAGGUCAUCAGUGCCCAUAACCUGCCCAAGCCUCAGGGGUCGGGGGCGAAGGGAGAGGUCAUCGACCCGUACGUGGUUCUGGAGCUGCACGGCGUCCCGGCCGACUGCGCCGAGCAGCGGACACGCACGGCUGCUCAGAACCAGGACGACCCGCUGUUUGAUGAGACCUUUGAGUUCCAGGUAAACAUGCCGGAGCUGGCCUUGCUGCGCUUUGUGGUUUUAGACGACGACUACAUCGGAGACGAUUUCAUCGGCCAGUACAGCGUAGCCUUCGAGUGCCUUCAGCCCGGCUACCGCAACGUGCCCCUGCUGGGACUGGUGGGCGACCCCUUACCCCACACCAGCCUGUUUGUCCACGUGGCGAUCACCAACCGGCGAGGAGGCGGGAAGGCCCAGAGACGGGGUCUGUCGGUGAGGAGGGUGGGCCGACGGGGGAGGGAGUACGUCACGCUGAGGCACACGGGCAUCAAGGUGGUGGACGAGACUUUCAAAACGGCCGGCCCCACCCUCAGGGAGGCGGCGGUCCUGCGGGAGGAUGCUCAGAGCACGACGGCGAGUUUCAAAGAGCAGUGUGGGCUCCCCACGGUGGCCAAGCUCAAGCAGUGCAUCCAGAGCUUGGCCCCCAGGCUGCAGAGCCCCGAGGGCGUCAUGGGGGCCACCAUGGUGCUGAGGGAGGGCUACCCCUGUCUGGAGCCACUGGCCAACCUGUCGGAGGCGACACGCAAACUGCUCGCCGCCUACGACACGAUGAUCGCCGCUCAGAAGCAGCUGAUCGAGAACGCAGACGCCGUCCAGGAGAGGAUCGACCAGGUGCAGAGAGAAGGCAUGGACUUCCACGAGGAUCUGUCUCGGCUCGCGGAGAAGGAAGGACUGAAGGGAAGGAAGCUGAGUAAAGCUGUGGAGAGUUUCACCUGGAACAUCACUGUCCUCAAGGGUCAGAGCGAUCUGUUACGGGGAGCGAAGGUCGAUUCCCUGGAUGCUCUGAGGCAGUUGGCUCUGGCCUGUGAAGCCUGCGGACUCACCUCCCCCUCCACCAACUCCUCAUCCUCCACCUUCUCCGCACCCGAGUUACACUACUCCUCCCACUCGCUGUCGGGCCGCCGCGGCAGCACGCAUGGCAACGGACGCAUUUGACGCACCUCCCUGCCCCCCGGGUCCAGCACGCUGCCAAAGACGGAAAGGGAGUGAAUAGAGUAAAUAGAGAGGAUGUGAGAAAGACGGAAAAAUAGAAAAGCAGAGGAGGAACCUCUUCACCCAGUGUGUAGACUUGCCUAGAACAGUAUAUCUGUUAAAGCCUUACGGUGAGUCCAUCCAUUUAUCACUGACGGUCCGGCCUGAGCAGAAGCUUCUCAUGAAUGUCCCAACUCAGAGGUGGAGAAGCAGACGUGGCUCCUCGAACCCUGGACGGCUCCUGCUCGACUUUCUAAAAGACCCAUAGACAGCUGCGUAAUUAGUGACAAUGGCGCUGUGGUAGAGCGGAUGUUUACAGUCCUGUUGGUGUUUUAGACGUGGAGAUGUAGAGCUGACGGAACAGUUAUGAUCCAGCCUCAGCAGAGCAGCUUGUCCUUUGGGAAGAUAUCGGGACCUCUGUGUGUGUGUGUGUGUGUGUGUGCAAUUUCACAAAUGUUUGAAUUGACAGAAGUAAAGAUGAGGAUAUAAUACUCGGAUUUUAAUAUUUGUGUUUUUUAGAUUUAACUGCAGUCAAUGCAACUAACCUUUAUCCGUGGACUUCGUGUGAAAAGCACAUUCCUCCUGCAUCUUAAGGAGAAAAGUAGAAGCUUUAAAUGAACGUGACAUGAAUGACUCUGCUGAAGAUGGGCGUCACCUUAAGUAGAACAGUACGUGAUUGACAGUUAUUGACUGUUUUUAAGUCUCCAAACACGGUGGCCGUUACCGAGAUGCCACAUUAAACUAAUUUCUGAAUGAAUCUGAAGAAAAAAAAUAGACGACAUCAUAAAUAUCUACAGCUGUUGAUAAGAUUUGAGAGUUUGGAGACAGAAAGUCAAACGAAUCUAAUAAUUUGUCUUUGCAUCUCUUCUCUUUGUCCAGUUGCUCCGAUAGAGAUGAAUUGUGUUGUGUGUUGAAUAGUGUCGAUGCACACAGACACACACACACACAGGUCACCGUUAUCUCCCCUCUGGACGCCUCUUUCACGCUCACUCGGCGAGGGCACGGCUGUAACGUGAGCAAUGAGGUGUAGCGGAUACGACGGUAACCGGAGAAGUAAGUGUGUUGAUACUGUAGUACUACAUGUGUGUGGAUAGUAGUACACGUGCGGAUCACAUUACCUCCUUCGCCGACGUGUGUGUCGGUGUGUGUUUGUGUGUAGAAGCAACAGAUUCCUGCAGCGUUGAUGACGUUUACCAUGUAGCAAUAAUAAUAGUUGUUGGUUAUGAGAAAGUGUAUGAGGCUGUUUAACUCACUGAAUGAUUGAAAACAACAUAACUAACUGGUGUCCCGCAGGUGCUACUGAUCACGGCUCGUCGUUGUGCGUACCUGUCAGUGACGUUGGCGUUCCUCGAAGCCUUUUGAGUGUAACUGUGUGUUUCUUCUUAGAAAAAACACCUGAUUCUCGUUCUUUUAACUGAGCUUUUGUACUCGUGUUCUUGUAUCUUGUGAUGCUGCGUUUGAACCAAACUUGACUCAAUUAAUGCUAACACACAGGACUAAGCUAACAGGAUUAGAAAUACCUCCUUCAAUACCGUCACACGUCACAGUUGUCAGAUCUCCAGUGAUUUUCACGCCUCAGUCGAUUAGAUUAAAUGUCUCGGAAAUGCCAAAUUAUCUUUAGAAAUAAGAAAAUCAGAAAGAAAGCAUAGAGUAUCUUUGAAACAACUUAUUUGGUCAAAUUCAUUUUCUCUGUUUAUGUCUGAAAACAGCUUAGAGCAUUUGAACGAGACAGAGUGCAGCAGCUGGAGGGAGCAGACUGAGAAGAAGAAGACAUGUUGAAUGUUUACUCCGGCCGAUCGGAGACGUGGCCGAGCUAAACGUUGUCACAGCUCAGAAACACUGAGACACGGGGCCGUCACUGAGGUUUAACUGAAGUGCUCAUUCAGAACUAUGAGCGACAAACUCAUAUUUCCAUACAGUGUUUUGUUGCCUUUCAUUCAUCCGUGUGCUCCUCUCUUUUUGUAAAACCAGUUUCCUCCUUCAUCCUCUUGUUCCCGCUGCUCCUCCGGAGGCUCCAGGUGGGGAGUGACUGAGCCGAUGCACUGAGUCACUCAGCCAGAGGAGGAGGUUGACCUAAUAACAUUUCCAUGCCUGCAAUUUCGUGUGUGUGAGAGAGAGAGGGAGAGAGACUGAGACACUUCUAAAAGUAGAAGAUAUAUUGUGGAGAGAGCAAAGGCUGAAGGAUAGAGGAGGAGGAGGAGGAGGAGGAGGAAGGGGCUGAUGUUGGAUUAACUUUUGGUUGCAUGGUUGCACACCUGCAGAGCCUCAUAAUUGGCUGUGAGCAACAGACAGAGCGACAGCACCUGCUGUUUUGCUCUAUUAAUAUCACUCUGACUCACUGGAGGCUUCAGGAUGUGUGUAUGUGCUGGUGCGCUCAUGUCUGCCAUGAUACCUCUGUGCCCUAAUUCCUGGCCCGGUGAUGCAAACUGGUUCUGCUGCUUCCACAGUCACUGCCAAACUAUCACGACGCGUUUCCUCCCGAACGCACAGUCGAAGAGCUCCGCUGCCUCCGACAGGCUCGCUGGAGGAGCUGAAAGUGACAGAUUUGUCUGGAUCAUAGGAAGCCUCCUCUGGCAGAGAUCUGUUUACCUGCAGGUCGCUGAUCUCUGUGCAUUAAUGAUGCAGCAGCUCCAGUAAAACAAACCAUGGUAUUAUCUUUCUGUGUUCCGGUUUACAUGCCUCCUGACAUGAGUCGAAGAGGGGGAUUUACUUUACCUGAGGAGAUGUAGGUCGCAGGGUUUUACCUUUGUAGGUGAUCAUGGACAGGAGAGGGCUCAGGUUUCGGUAAUUAGCUCUUUUUCUAGUUAAGUUAAACCUCAUUCUCAGAGAUACAAUGGCACUUAGCCCAGCUCUCUGCGAGAUAAGUAUUUUUGAGGGCAUCAGCACUUAUAGAUAUCAGUCUCCUGGUUUUUUUUUCCAUCAAGAUCCCUGAGAUAUUGGUGAAAAUGUCAUAAAUUGCCUCAUGAUAUUAAAGAAAGAGAAGGAAGAGGAUGUCAGAUGUUACAAGUUGAGUUAAAACUUCAUCAUCAUGAUGUUCACAGUGAUGGAUCACGUAUCUCAAGCAGAUUCCGGCUCCCGAAAUGUGUUCAAAGAUAAGCAAACUUGCAGAAACGCCAGUUUUAAAAUGAGGUUUCAUGAUCAACUCUCUGCAUCGUGCUCCUCUCACACUCUGCUCCUCGUGUGUCUGCACUUUGCUGUUGUCAAGACACUUUACCUGACGACACGUUCAUUUUGCAGUAUUGAAAAAACGAGUGUUUACCUCUGUGAACGUCACUGCCGCUCACCACGGUGAUGUACAGUGUCUCAUCUGUUGCACCCAGUGCUGCACCGUGAGCUCUGACCUGCGGACUCAUGCGGGUCGAGGCUGAGCUCCGUUUCUCACUGUGAUUGUAUUCUAAGUUUGGAGUUGGAGGGAUGAGGGUGGUUGACUGAUCCAUGCCUGUGAGCGGGGUGCUGCGUUCAGGGUGCAUCCUAUCUUACCCACUCGUCUUAACCCGGAGCUAUACCUCUCUGUGCUCUCAGUGUGUGAUGCUACUAAUUUUCGCAGAUCAAACAGUGAUAAACAUCCAUUUGAAUAAUUGGAGAGUUGUGUAAUACUUGCCAUAGUGAUGUGGACACAGUUGUAUCUUGGAAGUGUGUAAUUUAGGUUGUGUAUUAACGUGGCAUCUGCAGUGUCCGUGUUGGCUUGUGUCUACACCGCUGACCUUUAAUCCAGUGUUGUUUCCUCCACUGUUCCGACUGUCACUGUACGUUUUUGUAAAAUAGAAAAGAGAUUAAAAAAAAACUGCAGAAGAAGAAAAAUAUU